GAAAAAUUUAAAUAAGAUAUAAAGAUAAUAGUCCAUCAGUAUCACCGCUUAUUAUAAACCCCGCAUUGGAUAAAAGAGGAAACGUAUGGAUGAGAGAAGACAAAUGAGAGAAAGACACGUGGUGCAUCUCUACUCCAGUCCAGUCCAGUCUCCUCCUUCCAUCUUCUUCCCCAGCUGUGGGUUUGAGAAUUCAACUGGAUUGAUUGAUCGAUCACCGACCGACUCAGAGAAAUGAACUCCUCCUCUUUUUCCGUGCGCCAUUCUCACUCCGUUCCCUGCCCCUUCAACGCCAAACCCCUGACUCCCCGUUCCGGCUUGGGGUUAUCAUGCCGUCCUGAAUUGUCGUCCAACGCCCUGGAUUUUUUGACCGGCGGCAUUAGCAUUGGCGGUAAUGUCAAAGGAGCUACAAGGAAAAUUGGUGGAGGCAAAGUGGUGGUAAAAGCGGUGGCGGCCGAGGUGGUUAAGAAUUUCGCUCCCGGAACACCGGUGAGGCAGACCAGCAUCCUGGUGGUGGGGCCUACGGGGACGUUGGGAAGGCAGAUUGUGAGGAGAGCUCUGGAUGAAGGAUACGACGUCCGCUGCCUUGUCCGUCCCCGUCCUGCCCCUGCCGAUUUCCUCCGCGAUUGGGGCGCCACCGUCGUUAAUGCAGACCUUAGCAAGCCUGAGACAAUACCUGCUACAUUAGUUGGUAUUCAUACUGUAAUCGACUGCGCGACGGGACGCCCUGAAGAGCCCAUCAAAACUGUAGAUUGGGAAGGAAAGGUUGCUCUGAUACAAUGUGCUAAAGCAAUGGGAAUCCAGAAGUACGUGUUCUUCUCCAUCCACAACUGUGACAAGCAUCCCGAGGUUCCUCUCAUGGAGAUCAAGUUUUGCACUGAGAAGUUUCUUCGCGAUAUUGGUCUCAACCACGUCGUCAUUCGCUUAUGUGGCUUCAUGCAGGGACUGAUUGGCCAAUAUGCAGUACCUAUCUUAGAAGAGAAGUCUGUAUGGGGAACUGAUGCUCCUACAAGGAUAGCAUACAUGGACACACAAGAUAUUGCGCGAUUAACUUUUAUAGCAUUGCGCAACGAGAAAAUAAAUGGAAAGCUCUUGACAUUUGCUGGCCCUCGUGCAUGGACCACGCAAGAGGUUAUAACGUUGUGUGAGAGGCUUGCUGGGCAGGAUGCUAAUGUGACCACAGUUCCUGUCUCCGUCCUGAGGAUUACACGCCAGUUGACACGCUUAUUCGAGUGGACUAAUGAUGUCGCAGAUCGAUUGGCCUUUUCAGAGGUUCUUACGAGCGAUACAGUGUUCUCAGUACCAAUGGCAGAGACAUAUUCACUUCUUGGGGUGGAUGGAAAAGACAUUGUGACGCUGGAGAAAUAUUUGCAGGAUUAUUUCACCAACAUUCUCAAGAAGUUAAAAGAUCUCAAAGCACAGUCAAAGCAAACAGAUAUAUACUUCUGAAACAUUAUAGGUAGUGUCAAAAACUGGAAUGGGGUCGCAUUACAUUUAGAUAUAGUUUGCUAUUUACUGCAGUAUUGGCCACACGUCUCUGGAUUACCGUCCUCCUUACUUAAGUGCAAGUAUUUUUACAAGUAUGGUAGAAUAUGUUGUGAAUAAUAUUCUUUCCAAAAUGAUGAUGAUAAACAUAAAAAUUUAAACUGGACAUUUAUUUUGAGACAAAAAAUACCAGUUAAAUACUUUUAGUGGGAACACAAGUACCCAUAGAAAUGGAACCUGGGGACUUGUUUGAAUCCUCUUUCCAUAUGCAAACGCUCUCUGCCUAUUCAUCAUUUUUCUUUCAACGUCAGCGAUUGGGAAUGAUUAGUCCCAUAAAAUCUAUAAUUAUUUCAUUAGAACAAUUGCUACAGAAAUUGUUGGCGAAAAUUAUGAAUAGAGUAAUAUAUUGGACAAAAGGAUGAAAAUGGAA